AGAGACGGUUAGGUUUUGACAUUGAACGCGUUUAUUUUGCUAUUUUAGCGUAAAUAUGGUUUCACUAUCUUUAAACUCGUUAAAGCAAAUAAUGAAAGCGAUGGUAGAUCAUCCAGGCUUUGACAAAGUCCUGAGCAAGGUGGAAGUCUUGUCUGCCAGUCCAGGAAAGGUGGUGUGUGAGAUGCGGGUGGACGAGGAGCACACCAACCGGGGAGGGACGCUCCACGGCGGGUUGAUAGCCACCCUGGUCGAUGUCAUAUCCACCAUGGCUAUCAUGUACACUGAGAGGGGAGCACCAGGAGUCAGUGUGGACAUGAAUAUAACAUACAUAAAUGCUGCCAAGAUUGGAGAGGACCUACUCAUCACGGCUCAGGUUCUGAAGCAAGGACGGACGCUGGCGUUUGCCACUGUCGACCUCACCAACAAGGCCACAGGGAAGCUCAUAGCGCAAGGGAGACACACAAAACACCUUGGCAGCAGCUAAGCUGUGUCCCCUCUGUGCCCGUCUGUAAAUCUCAUAUCAUGUGUACUGUCAAAACAAAUAGUUUUCUCUAAUCCACUAAAUGUACAAAAGAGAUAACAGUGGCGAGUGCAACAAAUCCAUGAUGGCUGGUUACUAAAUGAAUGUUGCUGCCACUCUAGCAUAUAUAUUAACAGUUCCAGAGAAACUAACGGCUGUAUGGUCACUUCUGACCCAAAUACUGUAUCGAUGGUACCAUCUCAUGCACAUGCAAUAAAACAAAUAGACAAGA